UAAUAUAUGGUUUCCCUUUAAAAAGUAAACAGCAUAAAUCGACUGAUUGACAACGGUCAAAUAUUUUCGGGACUUGGAAAACUGCAACUAGAGCCGGCAACGUCGUUGAUUUCGCGAUCUAUCGGACCCCUUUUCCACCACUCUUCUCAGUACAUUUAGACCCUCCGCGUGAGUGCCCCAGCGAAAAUCACUCGCGUCGCCUACACUGUAAACAAUAUGGCGGCGACGCGGCAGACACGUUGCCUCAAAAGUGCCGAAUAAUUCAAUUUCUCGAGGGGUUUUUUUCGGUUACGACUUUUCGGACACGUCAGAAAAUGUCAGGAAUCAGCCCCGCUAGCUGCUGGAUUACGCACAAACGGUUGGAACUCUGGGCGAAGGCUGCCAAGGAGCGCGCAUGGGGUAGCAGGAACGGAAGCAACAGUAGCAGUAACAGUUUGGAGGAUUUUAACGUAUCAAAAGAGCAACUAAACGUUCAGCCGCCGCAAAACUCUUCAGCCCAGUCGAUGACUGCUGAAAUUAUGAAAACCCCCUUAGAUUUGUGUUCGUCGCCCCCGGUGGGCACGCAUUCACUUCAACACCAAUCCAAGUCAUACCCCAGCGGGCAAUCGUUGCUUUGUCGGACGCCCAGUGCCUCUAGCCAGAGCAGUUUGGACAGUACUGCUUCCAAACAGGGAAGUCAUCGCGGCUCCUCACCCCAAAUUCGCACUUUUGCACCGGACGGCAAAGUUCACCUACCUCAUCACGGACCUCACCAUUACGAAGCCUCCCACACUGUCAGUUACCCUCUGCAACGGACAACCAGUCGGUCACCAUCACCUCACCGGGCGGCCUCUUUAGAUAUUCGUUCAUCAUCACCGGGUCUGGGUAUGAGUCACGCGAUAGCAACUACAACAGAAUUGCGUACUCCUUCACCCUCACAAUCAAGUCUAGCUUCGUUGACGGGUGGUUCGGGCAGUUCCUGCAAUUCUCCGGUACCUGCGAGUCCGAGGACGGCUAAUAUAGCAAGAUGUUUAUCGCCGCUCUUUAUACCACCGUCCAGAGGCGCCACCCCAGACAGCGCGUCAUCUGCACCUCCGGCCAGCCCCCUGGGUGCAAUUCAACCGGACCUUUACGUAAAAAAGGACGGACCGCUUUUCAUAGGUGAAGGCAAAGGAGGUGCCGGUCUCGGAAGACUGCACUUCCGAUUGAGCUACGAUUUCGACCGAUCCGAUUUGCUUGUUCAUCUCAUCGAGGCACACGACUUGGCAGGAAGCGAUCAAGGAGGUUUCAACGAUCCAUACGUUCGUUUAGCGAUAGUACCUGAAGUAGAUACACGAAAGCGACAAACGGCUAUACAUAGAAACGAUCCCAAUCCACUUUUCAAUCAACUUUUUAAGUUCCCUGUAUCCCACGAGGAACUUAAGUCCAAAUGCUUAUUACUACAAGUUUUCGACUACGAUAGAUUUUCUAGAAACGACAUCAUCGGAGAGGUUUCAAUGGCACUAAGCGAUAUCGAUAUCGCGAACAGUAUAGAGAUAUGGGGUGAGAUAACGAAAAACAAAAAGCCACCGGAAGAACUGCAAGAAAUACUCAUUUCAUUGAACUACCUGCCUUCAGCCGAAAGGUUGACUUUAAGUAUCGUCAAGGCGAGAAACUUGUUCCUGCCCCAAGAUAAAGACUGCAUCGAUCCCUUCGUGAAGGUGCAUUUAAUAGUAAAUGGAAAACGAAUAAAAAAGAAGAAGACUACAGCGAAGAAGGCAAACUGCGAUCCGGUUUGGAAUGAGGCCCUACCGUUCAAUCUGUCUUCUUCGAGCAUACCACACACAGAACUUGAGAUAUCGAUUUAUGAUCAAGGAAACGACAUAAUGGGCAGUAAUCCGUUACUUGGGUGUUGCACAAUAGGGCCCAAAAGUUCGGGCUCUGGCAAGGAACAUUGGAACGAUAUGAUGCAGAGCCCUAGGAAAACGGUUUUCUGUUGGCAUACAAUCAGAUGUGGGCGUAACCAUGGCGACCGGGCAUAUUGUGAGAAAAUGCCGCAGUGAAAAUUGUCGAACUCAUGAAAUGUCAGUUGUCUUUUAUGGGUUAUAAGCGACGUUUGGGAGAUGAAUGGCGCAUUAGCAGAUACUG